CGGGCCGCCGCCUCCUCCUCCUCCUCCCUUUCUCUCUCGAUCUGUCUUUCCCGGCCCGGAAUCCAUUCCGGCCUGGGAGCCGGAGCGGCCAGGCCGCCGUCUGCCAGACCCCCUGGCCGUCCGGCGGGCCGCCCUCCCGUGCGUCUGUCUGCCGGUGCGCCCGCCCGCCCGUCGGCCCAGAACACAGAGGCUCAGAAGUGAAGCGUCUUGCCCAGCUAUGAGAGAGCGAGCCAGGAACUGAAACCAGAUGAGGAUGCAGAGGCCCAGAGAGGGGAAGUGACUUGCCUAGGGUCGCACAGCGGGGCGAGGUGCAGCGGGGCAUCUAGUCCAGGACCUGACUCCACACCUGGUGUCCGUGCGGAGACCCCAGGCUGCUUCCCAGGUCCUCUGGGACAGCCCCUGCCUUCCACCUGCCAGGACCAUGGGCAGCAACAAGAGCAAGCCCAAGGAUGCCAGCCAGCGGCGCCGCAGCCUGGAGCCUGCCGAGAACGCGCACGGGGGCGGCGGGGGCGCCUUCCCCGCCUCGCAGACCCCCAGCAAGCCGGCCUCCGCCGACGGCCACCGCGGCCCCAGCACGGCCUUCGCCCCCGCGGCCGCCGAGCCCAAGCUGUUCGGAGGCUUCAACUCCUCGGACACGGUCACCUCCCCGCAGAGGGCGGGGCCGCUGGCUGGGGGGGUGACCACCUUUGUGGCACUCUAUGACUAUGAGUCGCGGACAGAGACUGACCUAUCCUUCAAGAAAGGGGAGCGGCUGCAGAUUGUCAACAACACAGAGGGAGACUGGUGGCUCGCCCACUCGCUCAGCACGGGACAGACGGGCUACAUCCCCAGCAACUAUGUGGCGCCCUCCGACUCCAUCCAGGCUGAGGAGUGGUACUUUGGCAAGAUCACCAGACGAGAAUCAGAGCGGUUACUGCUCAAUGUGGAGAACCCCAGAGGAACCUUCCUAGUGCGAGAAAGCGAGACCACGAAAGGCGCCUACUGUCUCUCCGUGUCCGACUUCGACAACGCCAAGGGCCUCAAUGUGAAGCACUACAAGAUCCGCAAGCUGGACAGCGGUGGCUUCUACAUCACCUCCCGCACCCAGUUCAACAGUCUGCAGCAGCUGGUGGCCUACUACUCCAAACACGCCGACGGCCUGUGCCACCGCCUCACCACCGUGUGCCCCACGUCCAAGCCACAGACUCAGGGCCUGGCCAAGGACGCCUGGGAGAUCCCCCGGGAGUCUCUGCGGCUGGAGGUCAAGCUGGGCCAGGGCUGCUUCGGAGAGGUGUGGAUGGGGACCUGGAACGGCACCACCAGAGUGGCCAUCAAAACCCUGAAGCCGGGCACGAUGUCCCCAGAGGCCUUCCUGCAGGAGGCCCAGGUCAUGAAGAAGCUGCGACACGAGAAGCUGGUGCAGCUGUACGCGGUGGUGUCUGAGGAGCCCAUCUACAUCGUCACGGAGUACAUGAGCAAGGGGAGUUUGCUGGACUUUCUCAAGGGGGAGACAGGCAAGUACCUGCGGCUGCCUCAGCUGGUGGACAUGGCUGCUCAGAUCGCCUCGGGCAUGGCGUACGUGGAGCGAAUGAACUACGUCCAUCGGGACCUGCGCGCCGCCAACAUCCUGGUGGGAGAGAAUCUCGUGUGCAAAGUGGCCGACUUUGGGCUGGCCCGGCUCAUUGAAGACAACGAAUACACGGCCCGGCAAGGUGCCAAAUUCCCCAUCAAGUGGACGGCUCCAGAGGCCGCCCUCUACGGCCGGUUCACCAUCAAGUCGGACGUGUGGUCUUUUGGGAUCCUGCUGACAGAGCUCACGACAAAGGGACGGGUGCCCUACCCUGGGAUGGUGAACCGCGAGGUGCUGGACCAAGUGGAGCGGGGCUACCGGAUGCCCUGCCCGCCCGAGUGUCCCGAGUCCCUGCACGACCUCAUGUGCCAGUGCUGGCGGAAGGAGCCAGAGGAGCGGCCCACCUUCGAGUACCUGCAGGCCUUCCUGGAGGACUACUUCACGUCCACCGAGCCCCAGUACCAGCCUGGAGAGAACCUAUAGGGGGCAGGCUACCCGGCCAGACUGCUUCUGGGCUGGGAUCCUGGGCUGGGUGGCCCUGACCGGGGCUUGCCUCCCUCUGCCCGCCCACCGUUGACCGUUUCUGUGGGGCUGAAUUGCCAGGGACGAGGCCCCUCCCUCUUUUGUGGCAUGGAAGGGCCUGGGGCAGUCCCGAGGGCGGCGUCCAAGGCUGGCACAGUGACUGCGUCCGGCUCCCGCUCCAGCCACCUGUGUCCAAUCCUGGGGCUCUGUGCGUCUCGGCAGGGGGAACUGGGGAGAAGGGCGGGGCCCAGGCGCCCUUUUUCCAGCCUCAGCCUACUCCACGCAUUGGCUCCUUCCCGCUGCCACCCCACCCAGGUCUGUCUUGAGAGCUGGCCAAAGAGCCUUUCCAAAGAGGAGUGAUGGGCCCUGGCCUGCCUGCCAUCCUGCCCCUUGCCGUCCAUUUCUGAGACACCUGUUGGGGUGUUUCAGAGCCCUCUGCUGUGGCUCCCAGGCUGGGCAGCCCGAGCCUAGCUUAACUUGAUGAUGGUGGGUGGGGUGGGCAUCCUCUCAAACCCUGCCCUUCUUGGACAUGAGGGACCCUUAGAGAUCAUCAGUCCUUGUCCCCAUAUUACCUAUGGGGGAACUGAGUUCAGCAAGGGGCUGUGACUUACCCCAGGGCACAGAGCAGUUCAGGGUUGAGAUGGGAUCAGAACCCGGUGCUCCCUCUGUCUUCCUCAGGAACCAACAAGAUUGUCCUCGGAGGCAUCAUGGACAGACUAGGCAGCCCAGGGGACAAAGGGACUGAGCAUGGAUUAGAGACAGCAGAGAGACCUGCUGCCGCUGCCCAUUCAGCGGGGCUGUCAUCAGGGGAGAGAGAGGAGGUGGGUGUGGGGCUGAGCUAGGAAUGAGGGUGAAGGUGCCGGUGUAGAGAGGCAGGCUGCAAUCAGAAUGUGGUGGUUUUUGACAUUUGGAGCUAGCCAGCCAUGAAAGGGAGUGAGCUUCCCGGCUUUGGAGGCAACCAAGCAAAAGUAGAAGAUCUGAGUGGUUGGGAGGCCCUGGCUCUGGCCCCAGGAGAGAACCCAGGUCCUCUUUCCCCCAGUUUGUCUUGUGUCAUUUCGGUGGCUGGCCCCUGCUCCCUCCCCAAGUUGGCACUCUUGAAAUCAUGAGUAGGGAAAGGAGUGCCUAGGCCAGGGUGAGAGAGGACGAGGGUGUCCAGUGUCGUGCACCAGGACUGGCUCUGUGUCCUUGGGCGGCCCCUGCUUCCUCUCUGGGCUGCAGUGUCUGCCUCCAUGUGAGGCCAUGGCCUCUGCAACUGCUCCGCUCCUGUGCAGACCCUGUGGCCUGGCGUCGCUUGGUGAGCCCAGCCCGGGGCGGCAGGAGACUGUGUUUUGGCCCUGGCGCUACUGUUCAGCCUUCGGGUGUGUGGUAGCUUCUCCCUGGGCCCCGGUGUGCCCAUCUUAAAGGAGCAGCUGACAGUCUGUGGGCAUCUUGCCAAGGGCCCCUGUGUGUGUAUGUGUGUGUGCACGUGUGUAUUCCUCCAUGUGUGUCCAUAUUUAAUAUGUAAAAAUGCCCCCUGCUCUGUUGCCCAGACACGUUGUACAUUUCACCCACAGUCCCCCAUCAUAGCAAUAACAGUCCCGCUGCCAGGGCUUCUUGAGCCAGCCAGGCCCUGCCAGCGGGGAAGGAGGCCACGCGGCGCCUGCCUAUGAAAUUUCAACUCUUCCUUUCGUAUGUGUUUAUUACCCAAGUCUGCUGUCCUUCCCAGUCAAAUCUGGGCUCGCUUACCCCAGCGUGCUCUCAAGUCCCCUUCCGACUGCCCCAGGCCCUUUGUAUAAGGUGUCCUAAUAUUGUCCUUUUUUUUAAAAACAGUGUUUUGUAGAUUUCAGAUGACUAUGCAGAGGCCUAGGGGACCCCCGGCUCUGGGCAGGGCCUGGGGGUCCCGUAUUCCAUGGCCCAGGCUUGGGGGGGAGGGGGGAUCCAGAAUUGGUUGUAAAUACUUUGCAUAUUGUCUGAUUAAACACAAACAGACCUCAGA